AUGCAGAGGUGUGCGGUUGAGCCGUUGGCGGAACGCCCAAAAAAGUACGAAACACUUAUGCAGCAGUUGAAGAGGUUUUGCUGUUUUGAAAGUAUCCGUCUCGUGGUGGAUGAAAAUGAACUGUUGACGGGCUUUGGUGGUGACGCGUCAGCGCAUAGCCCCGUCUGCGCUCUGGCAGCGGUGCAACCAACGUCGGUGAAGCAGGUGGCCGCCGUGGUAAAGCUGUGCGCUGCCCACAGGGCCCCCAUGACGCCGCGAGGGGCUGGCACAGGCAUCGAGGGUGGCGCAAUCCCGUACGGCGGUGGUGUGGUGAUCGAUACGAAUGGCCUGCAGCGGAUGGACUUCGAUGUUAACAAUGCGUUUGUGUGGGUUGGGGCCGGCGUGAAGAAACUGCAGUUGGUGAAGGCUGCGCGGGAGCGUGGCUUCACGUUCGGCCCCGACCCAUCGUCGAACCCGUGCGUUGGCGGGAUGGUGUCGACGUCCGGCAGCGGCAUGUCGACACUGAAGUACGGCACGACCCGCGAAAACAUUCUCUCGCUCCGCGUCGUGACACCUAUGGGCAGCGUGGUGGAGACGCGCAAGGUUGUGCGCAAGUCGUCGUCUGGGCUUGAUCUGACGCAGCUUUACUGCGGUAGCGAGGGCACACUGGGUAUCGUCUGCGAGGUUGCCUUCAAGCUGUGGCCGUUGCUGCUGCAAAGCGCGGGUGGCUUUGCCACCUUCGAGACGACUGAGGAUGCGGUUAAUGCAGUGGUCGCGCUUAAGCGGCAGGGUGUUCCCACGACGCUGCUGCGCUGUGAGCUGCUCAACAAGGAAGGCGUGAAUGCCUCUAACAAGUACAGCAAGAUGUCAUUGCCAUUAAAGGCUGCGGUUCUUCUGGAGUUCACAGACAGUGAUGCCUCACUGCAUCGUAUACGCGCCGACUACGACAGGGUGAAACAAGUAUUCUGCACUGCGGGUAAAGCACUAACGAUGCGGUUUUUGAAGGCUGGCGCUGAGAUGGACGCCGUGUGGGAAGCCCGCCGUGCUUGUNUCGCUGCCAUGCACUCGAGGGGCAAAAAGGAGCGGGUGCUGACAACGGAUGUUUGCGUCCCACUAACGGAGUUGGCGGCGGCAAUCCGUGAGACUGAGGAAGACUUCGCCGCCCACAACGUGCCGUGCCUCAUCUGCGCUCACAUCAGCGACGGUAAUUUCCACCUCAGUAUACCAUUCGAUAAUGACAAAGAGCGGCGGCUGCUGCGGGAGUUCGAGAGCCGCAUGAUUCAGCGCGCCGUUGCAAGGGGCGGCACUGUGUCCGGUGAGCACGGUGUGGGCGUGGGGAAGGUGCGGCACGUAACACUCGAGCACGGCAAGGAGCACAUACAGGUGCAGGAGACGAUAAAGGCGGCACUGGACCCUGACAACCUGAUGAACCCAGGCGUUUUUUACCCCAAACAACAGCAGCUCUAUCCAACUGCUCAUCUGUAG